AUGGCGUCCUUGCAGUCCGGGGGCUCGGGGGACGUGGGUUUCUCCGAGACCCUAGACGAGCUGGCGUGGAACUUCACCUACGGGGCUCAGGGUGCGGGCAACGGCUCCCUCUCCGGCUUUUGGUACAAUAGGAACCAGACUCAUCUCUUUGGUGUAUUGCUGGCAGUUACAGGAAACUUAAUCAUCAGCAUUUCACUCAACAUACAGAAAUAUUCUCACCUUAAAUCGGUACAUCAAGGAAGCCAAAAGCCCUACUUCCGAAGUGUCUUGUGGUGGUGUGGGAGCCUCCUGAUGGCAGUUGGGGAGACAGGCAACUUUGCAGCCUAUGGAUUGGCACCUAUUACUCUCAUUGCACCUUUGGGUUGUAUGUCUGUUGCAGGUAGUGCUGUUAUGUCUGUUACAUUUCUGAAAGAAAAUUUGAGAUCCUCAGACUUACUUGGUGUGACACUGGCAUUUGCAGGAACAUAUUUAUUGGUGGCUUUUGCUCCAAAUAUAACUCAGGAUAUCACAGCAAGAAAAGUCCAGUAUUACUUUGUUGGCUGGCAGUUCCUGGCCUAUGUGAUCUUAGAAAUAUUAAUAUUCUGCAUCCUGCUAUAUUUCUAUAAAAGAAAGGAUAUGAAACACAUUGUCAUUUUGUUGACACUUGUGGCACUUCUGGCCUCCUUGACUGUUAUUUCAGUGAAGGCAGUCUCAAGCAUGAUCAUUCUCUCCAUGAAGGGUAAAAUGCAACUAACCUACCCUAUCUUCUACAUCAUGUUCGUCAUCAUGAUGGCAUCUUGUAUUUUUCAGGUCAAGUUUCUGAACCAAGCCAUGCAACUCUACAGUACAACCACAGUUGUACCAUUGAAUUACAUAUUCUUCACUACCAGUGCCAUUAUUUCAGGAAUCAUAUUUUAUCAGGAAUUCCUUGGGGCAGCCUUGCUUAGUGCGUUCAUGUACCUUUUUGGGUGUUUUCUGUCCUUCUUUGGAGUGGUUUUGGUCACAAGAAAUCGAGAAAAUGAACAUUUACAACAAUCAUACAUUGAUUUUGGACAGAUUCCUGGAAAACAAAUGUUGGACAAAAUCCAGCCAGAGGCCAAUGGCCAAACCUAUGGAACCUUGCCUGAUGAAAGCAACUCCACGAAGAGCCCGGGAAGAGAGAAGAAAGACAUCUGAAUGCCAAGAGGAAUGUUUGCUGGCC